AUGGUUGUUGUCAAGAAUAUCUGUUGUGUUGGUGCCGGCUAUGUUGGUGGUCCUACUUGUGCUGUCAUUGCCUACAAAUGUCAUCACAUCAAGGUGACCAUCGUUGAUUUGAACCAAGCUCGUAUCGACGCUUGGAAUUCUGACAAGUUACCUAUUUAUGAGCCCGGUUUAGAAGAAGUCGUGUUUGACCGUCGUGGCAAGAACUUGUUCUUUACAACAGAUGUUGACACUGCCAUUCAAGAAGCUGAUUUAAUCUUUGUCUCGGUCAACACUCCUACCAAGAAGACUGGUUUGGGUGCUGGUAUGGCUGCUGAUCUUGCUUACAUCGAAGGUGCUACCCGUCGUAUCGCUCAAGUUGCUAAGACCUCCAAGAUUGUGGUCGAAAAGUCCACUGUACCCUGCCGUACUGCUCAAAGUAUGCGCACUAUUUUAGAAGCCAACUCAACCGAAGGUAUCCGCUUUGAUAUCUUAUCUAAUCCCGAAUUUUUGGCUGAGGGUACUGCCAUCAGAGAUCUUCUUGAACCUGACCGUGUCUUGAUCGGUGCUCUCCAAACACCCGAAGGUAUCAAGGCUCAAGAAGCUUUGGUUGAUGUCUAUGCCAACUGGGUCCCUAAAGACCGCGUUAUCACUACCAACCUUUGGUCUUCCGAGCUUUCUAAAUUGGCUGCCAAUGCUAUGCUUGCUCAACGUAUCUCUUCCAUCAACUCCCUCUCUGCCGUCUGUGAAGCUACUGGCGCUGAUGUUGAUGAAGUUGCUUAUGCUUGUGGUCGUGAUACCCGUUUAGGAUCUAAGUUUUUGAAAGCUUCUGUUGGCUUUGGUGGAUCAUGUUUCCAAAAGGAUAUUCUCAAUUUGGUCUAUUUAGCACGUCAAUUAAAUCUUCCUGAAGUUGCCGAUUACUGGCACCAAGUCGUCAUUAUGAACGAAUAUCAAAAGAAGCGAUUCGUCCGCAAGAUUAUUUCUACUCUCUUCAAUACAAUCACCAACAAACGUAUUGCUGUUCUUGGUUUCGCCUUCAAGAAGGAUACUGGAGAUACCCGUGAAUCAGCUGCUAUCACCCUUAUCAAGGACUUCCUUCAAGAAAACGCACGUGUUGCUAUCUAUGAUCCUAAGGUGGAAUCUGAACAGAUCUACAUGGACCUUUCAGAACCCGGUGUAGUUGAUAACCGCAAAGAACUUGAUAAGCAAAUUACUAUCUGCUCUAGUGCCUAUGAAGCCGCCCAAGGUGCUGAUGCUGUUGUCAUUGUGACCGAAUGGGAUGAAUUCAAAUCAGACGCUCUUGACUACCAAAAGAUCUACGACAACAUGAAUAAGCCAGCUUUCUUAUUUGAUGGUCGUUUGCUUGUUGACGCUGUCCAACUCCGUGAGAUCGGAUUCAAGGUACACGUUAUUGGUAAGAAUGAAUUGGCUGGCACUGUUUAA